AUUGAUUGAAUGUUCCAUGUUUUUUCGUUUUCUGACUUGCGCUUUGGACGUGCCGCUAAACGAGCUUACGCCAUUUUUAAAUUUCCAUUUCAUUUCUUUUUCUGAUCAGACACUAAGUCACGUCAGUUUUAAUUUAAAUAACUUACCAAUUUUAUUAACGCAACCAUGGGAGUAAUGGUAGACACAAUUACACCCGGUGAUGGACGUACCUUCCCUAAAACUGGUCAGUUUGUUUCUGUUCAUUACACUGGUACCUUGGAGGAUGGACAAAAAUUCGAUUCCUCUCGAGACAGAGGAGCUCCUUUUAAGUUCCACAUUGGAAGAGGAGAAGUAAUCAAAGGUUGGGACGAAGGAGUUGCUCAGUUAAGUCUUGGACAGAGGGCCAAACUUACCUGCACCGCUGAUUAUGCAUACGGAUCCAGGGGCCAUCCAGGAAUCAUUCCUCCCAACGCAACACUCAUCUUUGAUGUAGAACUUAUUGCAAUAGAGUAAACUUAAGAUUGCCUUAGAGAAUGUUAGAUGAUGACUACAUAUUUCUAAGAGUAAGAUUUGGUUUUAUUUAGAACUGAAUUUUACACGGUUUGUGAAUUUUAUAUUAAAGUUAUUAGAAGUGUAGAAAGAGGUAAUUUUUUUAUUUAGCAUAUCGUUGUUUUCAUAAGCUUGACAUCAAAAUGACAAUAAAAAGCACAAACCGACAAAGAAAAUGUUGUAGUGUAAAUUCGUCUAAAAUAAAAACAAAUAAUAGUCAUUAACAGGUUAAUUUUGUGCAUUUUUUCAGUAUAUUUAAGUCCUUGCAGUGUUAAAGUAUAAUUUCAAUUAAAUAACGAAAGUGUUCUGAUACUUUCACAUUUCAUUGCAUUUAUAGGUGUUGUGAUGUUCUAAUAAAAAGAAUUUGAUGUC